AUGAUCCAAGCUAAUGGACAUAAUACCGAACAAUCAAAUAACGAUCAAUUUAGUUCAGAAAAAGUGAAGUGUCCAUAUCUAAUAAAAUAUUCAAACCGUAAUGAUGAUGAUCAAAAGCACACCGCCAUCCCAUAUUUUAUCCCAGCAUCGAAACCAUUAGGAUCAAUGGUCGAUAAAGAUCGUUCUUAUAUCCCUGAAUGCAGCUGUUGUAACAUUAAAAUUGGUCUAGAAGACUCUCGUUUUCAUAUAACACAUGUGAAGACUUCAGAUGUGCAAAAAGCGUGUUUUGAAAAUGCCAAUCACUUAAUUCGUCCUAAUUCGUGUUUGUGCGUUGGUUGUUACCAGGCUAUAAAAAAACGAACUUCUACAAAAAAUUAUACAAAACGUGCCUGUAUUAUAAUGGCUUGUGAACAAGUUGCAUGUCAUAUUUUUAAUUCAAAAUUGAUUGAUAUAUUAAAAUCUACAAUUUUGAUAAAUAAGAUUCAUUUUAGAGUCCAGACAAAUGAGGAAAAAAAAUUACAUAAAACUUCGUUUUGUAAUGCACAUUAUGAUCAGCUACUGUUAAUAACUCAAUGUCAGUUGUGUGGAAAUCGAUCGUUACAAAAGUUUAAAUUGCAUAAAGACAUAGUGCAUGAAUAUCAGUUGAUUCUUGAUGAAGACAAUAUUCCUGCUACAAUACAAUUUGGCACUCUUAUUUGUAAACCAUGUCACAUUUAUAUAUUAUUGCGAAGAGAUAAAACUACAAUAAUCCCAUCUGAAUUACAAAAGCACUGUGACGCUACUAAAACAAGGAUUAUAAACAAUAAUAAAUUAAAAAUGAAAGAAUUAGAAAGUAUUAAAUUAGCAAAAUAUGAUAUUAAUAUGGAAAAAAAAAAGGAAGAAAAUCAAUUAUUAAUGGUUACAUCUCUACCGAAGAAUAUAAGUAAUGCUUUCACUGAUUAUUCUUCUAUACCAUCUAAAUCAGUAACAAAAGGAACGGCACUCGACGCCAUUGCAAUACCACCACUGUUGGUAAAUUCAACACCGGUGGCAGCAUCAAUGCAAUCAUUAACAGCCGUUAUAAUGACGACGAUAGAAACAGCGUUGGCAACAGAAGAAGCGCAUCUGACAAAAAUUACAAAACCAAUAUUAGAAACACCGAUUACUGCGGGGUUAACGAAGGCAACAGAAGAUGUGAAAUUAACAGUGGCAACAGGAAAACCAACAGUUUUAAUGUUCAAGCGAAAGAGGCAACGUACAUUUAUCGAUGAACAUUCGUCUGUACCAAGAACGAAAAAACGUAUUGUAAACCGACUGACUGUAACUACUGACUGUAUAAAACACACUAUGUCGGAGCUUAAACCUACAAUUCCAGUUCAUAAACCAACAAUUUCUGGUAUUAAACCAACGACCCCUAUUAAUAAACCUACGAUUCAAAUUCAUAAGCCAUCAGUCAAAGUUGUUAAAACUUCAAAUUCAGUUGAUAAACCUAUAACUCAAGUUAAUGAAUCUAUGACUCCAGUUGAUAAUCCUACGACUCCAGUUGAUAAACCUACAAUUCCUGUUCACAAACCUUUGAAUAAUAAAUCACUAAUUUUCUCACCGGUUCUAAGACCAAUCUUUAGUUCAAAAUGGCCUGUACCAAAAAAACACAAGAAAACUCCAGAAUCAAUUUCACCAAUAAGAAAACCAACUAAACUGCAGCAAACGAAUCAAUCACAUCAGAAUACAUUAGAGUCACAGUCUACGUCACCACGUACUGAGUUUUCUGAGUUGAGUCACCAACGACCUGGUCCAUCAAUAUUGUCAUCCACCACAUCAGAUUUAUUUGAAAAUCUUAAUGUUCCAGUAGAUAAAUCUACGAUUACUGAUCACAAAUGUUUGGAUAAUAAAUCACCAAUUUCCUCGCCACUUUUAAGCACAUUAUCUAGUUCAAAAUGUACUGCACUAAAAAAAUAUAGGAAAACUCCAAAAUCAGUUUUACCAAUAAAAAAACCAACUCAACUGCAAACGAAUCAAUUGCAUCAGAAUACGUUAGACUCACAGUCUACGUCACCACGUACCGAGUUUCCAGAGUUGAGAUGCCAACGAGCUGGUCCAACAACAUUGUCAUCCACCACAUCAGAUAUGAACCAAGUAUUUGAAAAUAUCAAAGUUCCAAUUGAUAAGCCUCCUACAAUUACUAAUUACACACCUUUGGAUAAUAAAUUACCAGUUGGACCACCGGUUUUAAGCCCAUUCUUUAGUUCAAAAUGUACUGAACUAAAAAAAAAUGGGAAAACUCCAGAAUCAAUUUCACCAAUAAUUGAACCAACUCAACUGCAAACGAAUCAAUCGCAUCAAAAUACGUUAGACUCACAGUCUACGUCAUCGCGUACCGAGUUUCCAGAGUUAAGUCGCCAACGAGCUGGUCCAACAACAUUGUCUUCUACCAAACCAAACAUGAUCAAACUAUUUGAAAAACUCAAAAGUCCUUAUCCUAACGGGAUGGCAUUUAUCAACCAUCUGCUUAACUUGGAAACAUUCCGUAAUCUGGGGACUUUAACUGUAGAAAAAAAUAAAACCACAUACUGUCAACGAACAUCUAAUACUGCAACAAUUCCUCCUCAUAGCAUACACUGUCUUCCAGCACAAGAAGAAUAUCAAACGAUAUCUUGUACCGAUGAUGACGACAAUGACCUGACAAAUUGUGACUAUUUGAGUGAAAAAUGUGUACCAAGUGACGAAAACAGUUCAGAUUCACACUUUAUCCCUGUCAAAAAAACUUAUAAAUCCUGCAAUAUACCUAAGCAGAAAUCCAAUUUACCCAAAAGCUUUGACAAUAAACCAUCUCAAUAUUACGAUAAUGAUGAUAGCAAAAUACAAGUCAUCGAUUUACAGGAAAAUUCUUCUAUCACUUAUUACCCAAAUAUCACUAUUGCUUCUACCACCUCUACUAUCACUAUGUCCAUUACAACCACUGAAGCUUCGACGAAUAUUGUCUCAGCUACAUCAUCUGUUUUUACCACUAUCUCUGGAGCAAUCAUAGCUAGUGAAGUUCCAGCUACUGUCGAAAUGGCCGCUGUAGCAACCAACACCUCAGCUUUAACUACUGCCGUCGCUGACUCCACCACAUCCAUCACUGACUCUACCACAGACAUCAAUAACACUGAAGUCCCUGUCAUUACCGACACAGUCACCAUCAACUAUGACAAAUCAGAAAUCACUUCCACGGUUAAUGAAAAUACUACCGUCACUGAUGCCGCUGCUAGAAAAGAAUCUGCUACCUUAUAUAACACUACCGCCUUAACUAUGAUUACAAAUGUGGCCUCUACUACAACAAAUGCAGCAGUUUCCGCAACCAUUGACGCUGAUUCAUUUACAUCUGUCACAACAACUGUCAAUGAUGAUACAACUUCGGUUGAAAUAAACACUGAAUCGUCUACCAUUACCAAUGCAAUUACCACCGAAUCUCCCAACUCAGCUAAGAGCGCUGACGCAUUCACAAUAAUUAACGCAUCCCCUGUCACCUCAGACAUCACUACCACCACUGAAACAGUUGUUGAGACCACUAUCGCUGCAUCCAAAAUCUCUUACGACUCAGAGGUUACGUCUAAUAAAAAUACUGUUGCCACUGUUCCUCCAAUACAAUGCGUAUCUACCUAG